AUCGGCUUUCUUGCCAAGAUGAUGGACAUGUCGGAAUUUGGGGAAGCUGCGUCCUUCCUCCGAAAAAGUGAGAAGGAGAUUAUGUUGAUGCAGACUGUGGCCUUUGACGGGAAGAAGAAAUGCUGGAUUCCAGAUGAUAAAAAAGCUUAUGUAGAAGCUGAGGUUAAAGAGAGCGGUGGUGGCAAAGUCACUGUUGAGACUACAGAUGGGAAGACAGUCACUGUGAAGGAAGAUGACGUUCAACAGAUGAACCCCCCAAAGUUUGACAUGAUUGAAGAUAUGGCUAUGCUGACCCACCUCAAUGAGGCAUCAGUGCUACACAACUUGUACAGACGCUACAGUAACUGGAUGAUCUAUACUUAUUCGGGUCUCUUCUGUGUGACUGUAAACCCCUACAAAUGGCUGCCAGUCUACAAGACAGAAGUUGUUGGGGCAUAUAAGGGCAAGAGGCGUUCAGAGGCUCCUCCUCACAUCUUCUCCAUUGCUGAUAAUGCAUACCAUGAUAUGCUGCGCAAUCGAGAGAAUCAGUCGAUGCUGAUCACUGGAGAAUCUGGUGCUGGCAAGACUGUGAACACAAAGCGUGUCAUUCAGUACUUUGCCACUGUAGCAGCAAUUGGGGAACCUGGGAAAAAGAAUCAACCAGCCACCAAGACUGGAGGGACCUUGGAAGAUCAAAUCAUCCAAGCGAACCCAGCCCUAGAGGCCUUUGGGAAUGCGAAAACCCUGCGAAAUGACAACUCCUCACGUUUUGGCAAAUUUAUCAGAAUCCAUUUUGGCACUACAGGCAAACUAUCAUCAGCUGAUAUUGAAAUAUAUCUGCUAGAAAAAUCCCGAGUAAUUUUCCAGCAACCAGGUGAGAGAGGCUACCACAUCUUCUACCAGAUCCUGUCAGGGAAAAAAGCAGAGCUACAAGAUAUGCUGCUGGUGUCCACAAACCCAUACGACUUCCACUUCUGCUCUCAGGGUGUAGUUACUGUUGACAAUUUGGACGAUGGGGAAGAGCUGAUGGCAACUGAUCAAGCCAUGGAUAUUUUGGGUUUUGUCGCAGAAGAAAAAUAUGGUGCCUACAAGCUCACUGGUGCCAUUAUGCACUUUGGAAACAUGAAAUUUAAGCAGCGCCCCAGAGAAGAACAGGCAGAGCCUGAUGGCACUGAAAGUGCUGAUAAAGCUGCAUACCUAAUGGGUGUUAAUUCUGCUGAUAUGCUUAAGGGUUUGAUGCACCCUAGAGUGAAAGUUGGAAAUGAGUAUGUCACCAAAGGUCAAAGUGUAGAACAGGUUACCUAUGCAGUUGGUGCUUUAUCUAAGGCAAUUUACGAUCGAAUGUUCAAAUGGCUAGUUACCCGUAUCAACAAGACCUUGGACACUAAGUUGCCAAGACAGUUCUUCAUUGGUGUAUUGGACAUUGCUGGCUUUGAAAUCUUUGAUUAUAACAGCUUUGAGCAACUUUGCAUCAAUUUCACAAAUGAAAAACUGCAACAGUUUUUCAAUCACCACAUGUUUGUCUUGGAGCAAGAAGAGUACAAAAAGGAAGGCAUUGAAUGGGAGUUCAUUGACUUUGGUUUGGAUUUGCAGGCCUGCAUUGAUCUCAUUGAAAAGCCCUUGGGCAUCUUGUCUAUCCUUGAAGAGGAAUGCAUGUUCCCAAAGGCUACAGACAUGACAUUCAAAGCCAAGCUCUACGACAAUCAUCUUGGCAAAUCACCCAACCUGCAGAAGCCCAGGCCUGAUAAGAAAAGGAAAUAUGAAGCUCACUUUGAGCUCCUGCAUUAUGCUGGAGUAGUUCCUUAUAACAUCAUUGGUUGGCUUGAGAAAAACAAAGAUCCUCUCAAUGAAACAGUGGUGGGCACUUUUCAAAAAUCUUCCAAUAAACUCCUGGCAAGCCUGUUUGAAACUUAUGUCAGUGCUGACAUUGAUCACAGUGGAGAGAAGAAACGGAAAAAGGGUGCUUCUUUCCAAACAGUGUCAUCAAUGCACAAGGAAAAUCUAAACAAACUAAUGACCAAUUUACGAUCCACGGCUCCUCAUUUUGUGCGUUGCAUUAUUCCCAAUGAAACGAAAACUCCAGGUGCAAUGGAUCCUUUCCUUGUCCUUCAUCAGCUUCGCUGUAAUGGGGUCUUGGAAGGAAUUCGUAUUUGCCGCAAGGGUUUUCCAAACAGGGUUGUCUAUGCUGACUUUAAACAAAGGUACCGUAUUCUGAAUCCUUCUGCAAUUCCAGAGGACAAGUUUGUGGACAGCAGAAAAGCUGCUGAAAAAUUACUUGGAUCUUUAGAUAUCGAUCAUAACCAGUACCGCUUUGGGCACACAAAGGUGUUUUUUAAGGCUGGCCUCUUGGGUCAUUUAGAGGAAAUGAGGGAUAUGAGAUUAGCAAAAAUUUUAACAUUAAUUCAAGCAAGAUCCCGCGGCAAACUGAUGCGCAUUGAAUUCCAGAAAAUCAUCGAGCGAAGAGAUGCACUUCUUGUGAUCCAGUGGAACAUCCGAGCUUUUAUGGUUGUGAAAAACUGGCCUUGGAUGAAGCUCUAUUUUAAGAUCAAGCCCCUGUUGAAGUCUGCAGAAACAGAGAAAGAAAUGGCCAAUAUGAAGGAGGAGUUCUUGAAACUAAAGGAGGCCUUGGAGAAGUCUGAAGCCAGAAGGAAAGAACUGGAAGAAAAGCAGGUCUCCCUAGUUCAGGAGAAGAACGACCUGCUCCUUCAGGUUCAAGCAGAGCAAGAUACCCUGGCAGAUGCCGAAGAACGAUGUGACUUACUGAUUAAAUCCAAGAUCCAGCUAGAGGCCAAAGUCAAAGAGCUGACUGAGCGGGUAGAAGAUGAAGAGGAGAUGAACUCAGAGUUGACAUCCAAGAAGAGAAAGCUGGAAGACGAAUGCUCUGAGCUGAAGAAAGACAUUGAUGACCUUGAAAUAACACUGGCAAAAGUCGAGAAAGAAAAACAUGCUACUGAAAAUAAGGUUAAAAAUUUGACAGAAGAAAUGGCAUCACUUGAUGAGACUAUUAGCAAGCUGACAAAAGAAAAGAAGUCCUUGCAGGAAGCUCACCAGCAGGCCCUGGAUGAUUUGCAAGUGGAGGAGGACAAAGUCAACACCCUGAGCAAAGCUAAAGUGAAAUUGGAACAGCAAGUAGAUGAUCUCGAGGGAUCUCUUGAACAAGAAAAGAAAGUGAGGAUGGAUCUGGAAAGAGCCAAACGCAAACUGGAAGGAGAUUUGAAGCUGACUCAAGAGAGUGUCAUGGAUUUGGAGAAUGAUAAGCUGCAAAUGGAUGAAAAGCUAAAGAAGAAGGAAUUUGAAAUCAGUCAGUUGAACUCAAAGAUUGAGGAUGAACAGGCCAUAGUGAUACAGCUCCAGAAGAAGAUAAAAGAACUUCAGGCCCGCAUAGAAGAGCUUGAAGAAGAGCUGGAAGCAGAAAGAGCUGCUCGAGCAAAAGUGGAAAAACAAAGAUCAGACUUGGCUCGAGAGCUGGAAGAACUAAGUGAGCGGCUAGAAGAGGCUGGAGGAGCCACAUCUGCACAGCUAGAGAUGAACAAAAAACGGGAGGCAGAGUUUCUGAAACUGAGGCGGGACCUUGAAGAAGCCACACUGCACUAUGAAGCCACUGCUGCCACACUGAGGAAGAAGCAUGCGGACAGCAUGGCAGAGCUUGGAGAGCAGGUGGACAAUCUGCAGAGGGUCAAACAAAAACUGGAGAAAGAGAAGAGCGAGCUGAAGCUGGAAGUGGAUGACCUGUCAUCCAAUAUGGAGCAGCUGGUUAAGGGAAAGGCAAAUGCCGAGAAACUCUGUCGCACUUUUGAAGACCAUCUGAAUGAGGCAAAAACAAAACUGGAUGAAAUGACUCGCCUGGUGAGUGACCUCACUACCCAGAAAGGAAAGCUGCAGGCUGAGAACGGUGAAUUUACAAGGCAACUGGAUGAGAAAGAGUCGCUUAUAAGCCAGUUUUCCAGAGGGAAGUUGUCCUUCACUCAACAAAUAGAUGAACUUAAAAGACAGCUUGAGGAAGAAACCAAGUCAAAGAAUGCUUUGGCCCAUGCCCUGCAAGCUGCCCGCCAUGAUUGUGACCUCCUGCGUGAACAGUUUGAGGAGGAGCAAGAAGCCAAAGCAGAGCUCCAGAGAGCACUCUCCAAGGGCAAUGCAGAAGUGGCACAGUGGAGAACUAAAUAUGAAACUGAUGCCAUCCAAAGGACAGAAGAGCUAGAAGAUGCCAAGAAAAAGUUAGCAGCUCGUCUCCAAGAGGCUGAGGAAGCCAUUGAGGCAGCCAAUGCUAAAUGCUCUUCUUUGGAGAAGACUAAGCACAGGCUACAGAAUGAGUUAGAGGACAUGAUGAUCGAUUUGGAAAAGGCCAACUCAGCAGCAGGAGCCCUGGACAAGAAGCAGCGCAAUUUUGACAAAAUCAUCACAGAGUGGAAGCAGAAGUAUGAGGAGUCCCAAGCAGAACUUGAAGGUGCCCAGAAGGAAGCCCGGAGCCUUAGCACAGAGUUAUUUAAGCUGAAGAAUGCCUACGAAGAGAGCCUGGACAAUCUGGAGACCUUAAAAAGGGAAAACAAGAAUCUGCAAGAGGAGAUUGCUGAUCUAACUGACCAAAUCAGUGAAGGAAAUAAGAGUCUUCAUGAGAUAGAGAAAAUGAAGAAACAGAUUGAACAAGAAAAAUCAGAAGUUCAGCUAGCCCUGGAAGAAGCGGAGGGGGCUCUUGAACAUGAAGAAAGCAAGACACUACGCUUUCAGCUGGAACUUUCCCAAAUUAAAGCAGACUUUGAAAGAAAAUUGGCAGAAAAAGAGGAGGAAAUUGAAAACUUCAGGAGAAACCAGCAACGUACCAUAGACACCUUGCAGUCCACUCUGGAUUCUGAAGCUAAGAGUAGGAAUGAGGCCAUUCGCCUAAAGAAGAAGAUGGAAGGAGACCUCAAUGAGAUGGAAAUCCAGCUCAGCCAUGCUAACCGGCAUGCUUCUGAGGCAUCAAAGACCACACGCAUCCUUCAGUCACAAAUAAAGGAUUUGCAAGUGCAGCUGGAUGAUACCAUGCAUCUAAAUGAAGACCUAAAAGAGCAAUUGGCAGUCACUGACCGGCGGAACAGCCUUCUCCAGUCUGAACUGGAUGAGCUGAGGGCUCUGCUAGACCAGACAGAGCGUGGCCGUAAACUAGCAGAACAAGAGCUGCUGGAAGCCACUGAACGUGUGAAUCUUCUACAUACUCAGAACACAAGCCUGAUCAAUCAGAAGAAGAAGCUGGAGGCAGAUCUCAGUCAGAUGCAAAGUGAAGUGGAGGAAGCCAUACAGGAGUGUAGGAAUGCUGAAGAAAAGGCCAAGAAAGCAAUCACUGAUGCAGCAAUGAUGGCUGAAGAGCUUAAAAAAGAGCAAGACACCAGCGCUCACUUGGAGCGAAUGAAAAAGAACAUGGAGCAGACCAUUAAAGAUCUCCAAAAAAGACUUGAUGAGGCAGAGCAAAUUGCUCUGAAGGGGGGCAAGAAGCAGAUUCAAAAGCUGGAAUCCAGGGUACGUGAGCUGGAAAAUGAACUAGAGGCAGAGGUCCGUCGUAAUACAGAAUCUCAGAAAGGAGUCCGCAAAUACGAGAGGCGUAUAAAAGAGUUGACUUACCAGGCAGAGGAAGACAAGAAGAACUUGACAAGGAUGCAGGAGCUGAUUGAUAAGCUGCAGCUGAAAGUGAAAAGCUAUAAACACCAAGCAGAAGAAGCUGAAUCACAAGCCAACCAGUACCUUGCAAAGUACCGGAAGCAGCAGCAUGAAUUGGAUGAUGCUGAAGAACGAGCUGAAAUUGCUGAAUCCCAGGUCAAUAAACUCAGGACCAAGUCAAGAGACAUUGGCAUGAAAAAGGUCCAUGAUGAGGAGUAAAAAUAUUGUGCCUGAUGUGUAACAAAAGGAUAGAAUAGCAAUGAUGAAGUUUAUUACUUUAGUCCAAAGCUGAGGCAGAAGAAA